UAGUUAUCUGCUUUGAGGAUUGUGCCAGCUGCGUAAGGUUUGUCGUGCUACUUUGUUCGAUUGUAGAUAACAUUAAUAUUCUCCGGUUCAGUGCAGGUUGACGGUUAAAGUAUUUACUCCAUCUCCAUCUUCUAGAAUCGUAUUUACACCUCGAACAGGGUACUAUAGCCUAUUAUUCAGUACAAGCGUUAUUUCCGAUAUUCACUCCGCCAAUAUGUUGCUCCUCUUAGUUGUUCUGGUUUUAGUAGCUUCCGUCCAGUCUAAUGAAGAUGAUAAAGGGUAUAAUGCCCUACAUUUUGGUACUACCACCAGUGACUAUGUGGCAUUUAGUUUUGAUAUGUCCCCCUUCCGCAACUCGUUCUCUACGUGCAUGUGGAUAAAGUGUUUAUACACCUCCCCCACCUACCCUAUAGUAGUACAGUACUACAGUUCUGGUGGACUAGAUCUUUGGAUAUCAGCUAAUGGGGUGUACGCUUAUGUAGUAAAUGAUAGUGGUCUGGAUAGCGCGCUAAGUAAGUUUGUCACACCUGCCGGCCAGUGGUUUAGUCUCUGUCUGACCUGGUCUAUGUCUUCAACAACAAGUAACCUGUAUCUGGAUGGUGAACUUGUCGCAACAGACCAGACACCAUCAGGGAAGUCACUUACCACGGGUGCGAAGUUGUGGUUUGGUAGAGCCUCUAGCUCUUAUACUACUAGUUCUAGUUAUGUGUUUGGUGGGGAGCUUUACCAAUAUAAUAUGUUUGCCGAGGUGUUGAGUGCUGCUACAAUAAAGAAGAUAGCUGAUGGUGGGUUGUGUUUUGACCUUGAUGAACUUUCUGAGACAAGAGUGUUACGAUGGGAGGACAUUCUGAAGAAGUCUAGGAGUGGGUCUGUGACGGACGUUAUAGGGUGUGAUUUGAAUGCGAAAUUUAGUGAGUCACAAGCGAGUCUGGCUGAUGCUAUUGGACGGCUGAAUGAAACAGAAACAGAGCUGCGGAUGGUAAAGGAGCAGUUUGAAACUGUCACUGGACAGUUGAACAGGACUGAGGAUAAACUUGAGAAAGCCAGAAAGUUUGAGAACAUCACUCGGUGGGAUGUGUUAUAUACAGCGCCGUAUUACAACAAGAUAUUCUCAGAUGACCUGUACGAACAGCUGACUACAAGCUGGGGCUUGUUACGGAAAUUGGUAGGUGUUAAUGUAACUGAUGGGGUAGUCAACCACUUUCGGCAGUACCACUCGGAAUCUACGUGUGGCGUCUUGGACCAACUUGCAUCUUCUUGGGAGAUGCUUAGCCAGUUUAUCGGAGUUGAAAUGACAAGGGGAAUUGUGGACCACUUCAAAAUCUCCCACAACGGCUCAGAAUGUGGCAACAACACAGAGAGUUAACUCUCGCUGAUACGCAUAACAGAUCCGAUCAGAUUGACAGAUUGGAUAAGACUUAUUUUGGGUCGGGACUUGAUUUUAAUUUUACUUACCCGGCUCAUACUACAUAAAUCAAGUUGAGUUACGGCCGCCGUUAAUCAUUUGAAUUGAACACUAUUAAGUAUUGUGUAAUCUUAACCAGUAAACAUUUUAAUACGGGAGGUGAAAAAUAAUACGUAUUAUUUAUGUUUUCUUAUAACCUAAUUUCAAUUGUUGAUUUUAUUAGGCCAUAUAUUCAAAUUAUAUAUAUAUAUUCAAUAUUAAUAUCAUCCCCUUGAUGUUACCUCGAUUAAAUCUUCUUCCAGGAAAAAUUACCUCGUUUGAUUUUAUUCUACGGAAACAGCUUCAUAAUUCUCACUGAUUUAUGAAACUAUACCACUCUAAUUUCAGCUUUUUAAACGUGUUAAUUUAAUAUCAUUAAUUUAAA